AUGGCACAAUCUAACUCCCUGUUAGACACGCUGAGGUCCGUGAGCCGAGUCGACUUUGCCAAAGAGCUGGGUCCCUUUGUCGAUCACACCUCCAACCAGGCAAUCGCCUAUGGCGAGCUCACCAAGACCACCGCAGAUGGCAAGCUAUACCACGAGCAACUCAUCCGGGACUCCGUACAGGAUGCUCAGGGCUGGGCUCACGCGGCCUGGCCAGACAUUGACCCGAUUCUUCUCGCAGUCGAGAUCAUGAUGGUCAGACUAUCACUCAAGUUCAUCCCGUAUUUGACAGGAUAUUUCCACAUUCAGACCAACACAGACUGGUCCUAUUCGGUCGAGAAAACUGUCAAGAAUGCCGAAAGAAUUGUUGAGACCUUCAAGAAGGUGGAGCCCACAUUCGACGUGAACCGUGUCUGUAUCAAGAUUCCGUCCACCUACGAGGGCAUUGCUGCUUGCAGGAUCCUCGAGAAUAAGGGAAUUGCAACAUUGGCGACGACCAUGUUUUGCAUGGAGCAAGCGGCCCUGGCUGCCCAUGCCGGCUGCACCUACAUUGCGCCGUAUGUGAACGAACUAAAGGUUCACUUCGUCCCAGGUUAUGUGGACGAGAACAAGGCUUUCAACUUCUGCAGACAGGCGCAGGCUUACUAUGUCGAGACAAAGGCCAAGACCCAGGUCCUGGCAGCUAGUCUGACCACCGUUCCUGAGGUGAUGCAGUUGGCCGGCAUUCAGCACGUCACCGUCUCGCCGCCGCUCCUCCGGGCUCUUGCGGCAGCGCCGUCCUCAACUUGGACGGAGAAGGUCGGUGGCUAUUUCGCAGACGGGCCAGACGAGCGCUGGAUCAAGGACUUCCAGGCUGCCUUGAUAGACGAGAGCGAGUGGCGAUUUGCUUUUACUCGUAGCGGCAACGGCAGGUAUGAGGAGAAGCUUAUCCAGGCCAUCAAUAUCUUCUCCGAGAAGCAACAGAGCCUAGAGGAGCUGGCGCGAAGCUAUCUAUAG